UUUUAUCUGCCUGCGCGCUUGGCGUUCAACACGCUGGCGGUCUUCCUCCAACGGGUCGGGGAUGAAAAUGUACUUCCACAUAUUCACGUUAUGCUCAUUUUUGUGGAGGCUCUCAGUAAAAUCUCGUGCCUGAAACCACUUCUCGCAGUGCCGUGGCAGAAGGUCGUAGACUUCCUCAAUACGCUAGCGGGCAAAAGCAAGGGCUCAACUCUACAUCAAAAUUCUGAGUUUCCGCAUAGCCGCACUAAUGGUACGGAGCAUUGUCCGGAAGACUUUCUGAUUAGGAGACAAAUUUGGGCUCAAUUGUACUGGCCCACUGGAUGGUUCGACGAAGUCAAGACCGACCUGGAUGAGCGACUCUUUACACAUCUAUCAGCUAGGAAGCUUAGGGUUGAUAGAAUAUUAUGGCUAGGAGUUCGAAUUGCG